AAACAGGACCGCCUUCCUCCAAGAAGCUUCAAAUACAAGCAGACAGCCGCUUGUUAGCUAGCAGACAAACCGAAGGGAGAGGAUCUUUUUGUUGCCGGUGAAACUUCACCUGACAGAGACAUAUAAUCACCCCAAACCAGGACGGAAAUAACUGAAAAUAAGACUCUGAAACUUUAAGGGAAACGAGGACUGUCGAGGGGCACCACAACGUCUGCCUUUGGGCGAAAGGAAGCUGGAUAAAAAUCGCCAGCUAGCUUUGUUAGCAUUUCCGCGCAUAUGUAGUUCUGGCUAGCUAACGGCGCUAGCUCAAGGGAGAAAGGCCGUCGAGUCAACCCAGCGUCAAAUACUUGACGGAAUGUGAAUCAUCCUGGCACAUUUCAGUUGCCACUUACUGCUUGUAUUGGAAAACCCUCAUAACAGAGCAUAAAACAGAGAGAGGAUGGCUAUGAAAAGGAUCAACAAGGAGCUCAGCGAUUUAUCUCGUGACCCUCCAGCACAGUGCUCAGCCGGCCCAGUGGGAGAUGACAUGUUUCACUGGCAAGCCACAAUCAUGGGGCCUGUUGACAGUCCAUAUCAGGGAGGAGUUUUCUUCUUGACAAUUCAUUUUCCAACAGACUACCCCUUCAAACCACCCAAGGUUGCAUUUACAACAAGAAUUUACCACCCAAACAUCAACAGUAACGGCAGUAUCUGUCUGGAUAUUCUCAGAUCACAGUGGUCUCCAGCACUUACUAUUUCAAAAGUACUUCUCUCCAUUUGCUCACUCCUAACUGACCCAAACCCAGACGACCCAUUGGUGCCAGAGAUUGCACGAUUAUACAAAACAGAUACCCAGAAAUACCAGUCAAUGGCAAAAGAAUGGACAAACAAAUACGCAAUGUGAUGGCUGGAGUGGUGGCAGGAAAAUGACGUUUCUGGUUCAAACUGCAAGAUCUAUGAUUCUGUUUUUUUCUUUUUCACCUUUUUUUUCUUGUUUUGUUAAUCAGAGCAUUUUACCCCUUAUUUUUUCCAUCUGCGCUCAUAAGAAGAUAGUGUUUUCUCUCUAGGAUACGUGCCAGUUUCUGUGAAGUUUCAACUCCUGUUUUAAAUGGAGUUAAAAAAAAGUUUAAAAAAGAACCACUAUGGUGCUGAACAGCUUGAGCAUGGCCCAGUAAGAGUUUUUCAACCCUAGAUUGGUGAUGUCAUUCAUUUACUCUGCACACACUUGGUAGAAUUUAAAGCAACUGGUCUCCUGACACUGAACACUGUAUCAAGCCCACAGUGAUCCGGCUGGAGACCCUCCUGAUCCUGUGUGCUUGAUAUUUUCUUCACUGUGGGAUAAAAGAACUUAUAGAAAAACCUGUCUUUGUGAUCAAUACGACCAUUUAGGAGUUGAAAUCUACAAAUUCGGCUGCAUUUAUUUUAAAUUUGUCACAUUUAAAAUGGGGAAAAUGCCAAUUCUCAAAGAUUCUGAAACUGGUUAGUGGCUCCUGUAUUCGCUUACUGGACUGGUGUGACGUCAGUAUGUUCUUCUGAUCAUUAGCAUAGGAAUCUAUUACCUGAGGAAAGAUGUGUAUCUUAUUCCACUUUCAGAGUGUGUGUACAGAGAAGCACAGCAGUAUAUAUCAAUGUUAAGGAAACAAACUAUACGAACUUCAAUGUUGUAUUUUAUGCAUGUUAAUAAAGGUAGGAUAUUAUAUCUGAUAUGUUUCUGCAAAUUCAGUGGAUUGUCAGGCUGAACAGUUGGAAAAAUUUGGUUCCCCUCAAGGCUUUUCUGUUUCUUUUUCAUUAUGUAGAAGCCAGUUGAUGAGCUUUUAGUUUUACGGCCACUCAAACACUGUCUUCUUGUAGCCCUAAAAUAUUGAUGCAAAGCUGAUGGUUGAUAAUCAACUCGCCGCUCUGUUUUCUUUUUAGUUUUCCCUUCAAUAAAGUUACUCAAACCAUGAA